AUGGAAUCAACGCGUCGGACAAUCCGCCCGAGCAUAGAUCCGUUCGGGAAUAGGCAGGCUGGUGCUUCUGGGAUUCCAGCACCUUAUACAAUAAAGAAACCAACACCGGCUGCACGCCUCCGUCAGUCAUUCGCUGGACCACAACAAUUUCUGGCUGCUCCACGGAACUCGUUGUAUCCAUCUCAGAGCUUGAAUGUUCCUCCUAGCGCAUCAAAGCCGGGCCCGUCUUCAUUUGGCCGUACUCCGAUGCGCAGUAGCGCACGAGGCGGUUCGCAGUGGAGCAAUGGACGACAGUCCAUGGUUCCCGCAACACCCCUAGCCAGCCAUUCUCAAAAGGAUCCAAGAAACAUUCGCGACAAAGCAUAUCAGCAGACUCUGAGAAACACGAUCUUUGCGUGGCUACAGGAAAGCCAGUUCCAGAGCACAAUCUCACGUCAAACGCUCCUUUCUCCAACCGCAAAGGAUUUUCGUGCUAUCUUCGAGCAUCUCGUUGGACUUCUUGAUCCAACUCUGACGUUCGGAGAAAGGGGGAGGAAGUUUGAGGAUGAGGUUAUUCCAAUCUUAAAGGCACUUCAUUACCCCUUUGCCGAUAGCAUUGACAAGAAAUGGCUUGCCGCACCGGCCAGUAUGCACUCUUGGCCUUCGCUAUUGGCCAUGCUACAUUGGCUUACAGAGCUCUCCAAGGCUAGGUAUGCUUAUUUGGACAGCGCCGAUCCUACUCUGCAAGACGUUGAGCAGGUUCCGGACAACUUUGAUGAUGAGAAUCACCACGGAGCCCUAGCAUUCAAUUACUACGGUGAUGCAUAUGGCAGAUUCUUGUCAGGGGAAGACAACUUUAGUGAGCAAGACCAGUAUCUCGAUCAACGCUAUGCUCGUAAGAACGAGAGUGUGUUUGCUGAGUUAGAAGCCCUGAAUACCGAGCUCCAAGCGCUAUCACAGGAGUACCAGAAUUUGACAGAGAAGCCGGCACCCAUUGUAGAUGUAGAGAUCCAGAACGUGAACAUGAAAAAGGAUAAAAAGAAAUAUGAGGAGUAUCUAGCACAUUGCGAAAAUCGAAAGAGGCGAGUUCUUGACGCUAUCAGCAAGGAGGAGAGCGACAUUGCGAAAGAAACCGCGACCCUACAGAAGCUGCGAGAGGAGCAGGAGCGCCUUGCGAUUGUCGUCAGAGAGCAGAACCUCACACCAGAGGAAGUCGCUCAUAUGAACUCCGAGCAGGAGACUUUGUCACGAAGUCUAGAAGAGCUGCGAAGGAAAAAUGCGGAGACAAGCAACAAUAUGCGCUCAUUAGAAGUAGCAUUGGCGAAACGAAGCGAGAAUGUGGAGCAGGCAGUCGACGAAUAUACGGACUUUCUUGACAGACUAGGUCUCUUUCCAACUCCUCCACCUCCACUGCCACAGACAGACCUUCGCUUGGAGAUCAACUUUGCGUCAUCGAAUCCUGCAGAGCUUGUGCGCCGCAGCAUGAACGGCAAGGGAGCGGAUCUGAAGAAUGAUAUCAAGCCUGUUUUGGAUGCCAUUGCUCAGCACCUUCGGCAAGAGCACCAACGCUCGGAGAACGAAGUCAUUACUGUUGAACAGGAACUUGACGAAGUUGGCGUUGAAACUGAUAGGAUCGAGGAAGAUAUUUUUGAGACUGAUCGAAAAACUACGACUAUCCAGGACGAGGUUGAAGCUAUCCGAGUCGCAACCCAACAAGAAGCUAUGGUUACCAACGGCGAAGCAGUACGGCUUCAGAAGGAGUUAGCACACGCACGGACUGUGGCUCUCGCCAAUGGUGUUGGAGUAAAGUCACGAUUACAGGCACUGCAGAUCGCUUACCAGGAACAGAUGGAGCGUGUAGACAGGUUGAAGGAAGAGACUGUGCGGAUGAUCCUAAAAAGCAGUAGUGACAUGGCUGCAUUCCAGGAAGAGGUUUCCGGGCACCUUAACAAUCUUCGACAAUUUACGGAGGAAAAUUGAUACCAUAUAACUGGAUACCGAUAUUUCAGUGCAAGUCAGUCCUCGAUCCACUUUAAUGUUCUCGGUUAGGUAUCGAUCUUGUGUAUUCAUAUGAUACUUCGAGCACGCCAUUCUCGCACUCAUGAGUACCCGUGUA